CACAAUGUCACCUCUAUGGUCGGCGCGGGUGUCCUCGGCCUCCCUUAUGCUAUGGCUGAACUCGGCUGGGGACCGGGUGUCACGAUACUGGUCUUAUCAUGGAUCAUAACCUUGUUCACGCUGUGGCAAAUGGUGCAAUUGCAUGAAGCGGUUCCUGGGAAGAGGUUCGACCGGUACCACGAGUUGGGGCAGUAUGCGUUCGGCGAGAAGCUCGGGCUGUGGAUAGUGGUUCCACAGCAGUUGAUGGUGCAGGUUGGGACCGACAUCGUGUACACGGUCACCGGAGGCAGGUCCCUUCAGAAGUUCUACAACUCGGUUUGCCCAAAUGGCAAGUCCAUCCGGACCACCUACUUCAUCAUGAUAUUCGGCAUCGUCCAGUUUCUACUGUCCCACGUCCCCAGCUUCAACGAUAUCGCCGGUGUCUCUAUUAUCGCUGCCGUCAUGUCACUCAGCUACUCCACAAUCGCAUGGGUGGCAUCCACGACGAAGGGGGUCCUACCUGAUGUGAGCUAUGAGCCAAGGGGAUCAACCCCAACCGGGAAGGCAUUCGGGUUCAUGGCGGCACUGGGAGACGUGGCUUUCGCCUAUGCAGCCCACAGCGUGGUGCUGGAGAUCCAAGCUACCAUGAAGUCCACGCCGGAGAAGCCAUCGAAGAAGCCCAUGUGGAAGGGCGUGGUAAUUGCCUACGUCAUCGUGGCCCUUUGCUAUUUCCCAGUCUCGAUCGUUGGAUACCAUAUCUUCGGUAACUCUGUGCAAGACAACAUCCUCAUCUCCCUGGAGAAGCCCCGGUGGCUCAUUGCUGCUGCCAACUUGUUCGUAUUCAUCCACGUAGUCGGAAGUUAUCAGGUGUUUGCUGUGCCGGUUUUUGAUAUGCUGGAAUCUUUUCUGGUUAAGACCAUGAAAUUCAAGCCAAGUCGACCUCUCCGAUACACCACACGUUAUAUAUAUGUUGGUCUUACCACGUUGGCAGGGAUGGCGGUCCCAUUCUUCGGAGGGCUCCUCAGUUUCUUCGGUGGAUUUGCUUUUGCCCCCACUACAUACUUCAUUCCAUGCAUCAUAUGGCUCAUCCUAUACAAACCAAAGAGAUUCAGCUUAUCUUGGACUGUCAAUUGGUUUUGCAUCAUACUUGGGAUUCUGUUGACGAUCUUGGCACCGAUCGGGGCGUUGAGGCUGAUCAUAAUCCAAUCCAAGACCUACAAGUUAUUUUCGUGA